CCGCCGCCAUGAACAUCCUUCCGAAGAAGUCGUGGCAUGUGCGGAACAAGGACAAUGUGGCGCGGGUGCGGCGGGACGAGGCGGCGGCCGAGGUGGAGCGGAGGAAACGGGACGCGCGCGCGCUGCGAGCGGAGCAGGAGGUGCGCACCGAGCUCCUGCGGAAGCGGGCGCGGGUCGGGGGUCGCAGCCCCUCCCCCCCGGCCCCCCCCGUGCUGUUCCCGCCCCCCGAGGAGGCCCCGAACCGCGAGCACGAGGCGGAAAAAAGGCGGGAACAGGAACGCCGGGAACGGGCCCUGGGGGUCCUGACCUACCUGGGCCAGAGCGCGGCCGAGGCCCAGACCUGCCCCCCCUGGUACCUGCAGCCCCCCAAAAAAGCUGGGGAGGGUCCCGGGAGGUGCAGGGGGGGGCGCAAAGCCGUGCUGGACCCUCUGCAGGACAUGAGGAAGGGGCUGCACCGAGCCCCCAGCCCUGAAAAACCCCCCCAGCCUCAGCCACGGAGCCCCCCCAGAGCCCCCCCUGAGAGGGGAGGGGGAGGAGGGCUGGCCGAGCUGCGGCGGCAGCGCCUGGCCCGGGAGGCGGCCGAGGCCGAGCGGAGCCGGGAGCUGCUCCGGGGGCUCCGGGACCCCCCCGGGACCCCCCGGAACCGGCGGGACCCCCCGGACCCCGAGCGGCAGCGACCCUACAACAGCCAGUUCCACCCGCGGCUGGCACGGGGGGGGACACGGCGCAAGUGAGAGCCCCAAAAUUCACCUGGAACCCCCCCACAAUUCACUUGGAACCUUCCCAAAAGUCACAAUGCACAGUUCCACCCGCGGCUGGCACGGGGGGGGACACGGCGCAAGUGAGAGCCCCAAAAUUCACCUGGAACCCCCCCACAAUUCACUUGGAACCCCCCAAAAGUCACAAUGGCCAGUUCCACCCGCGGCUGGCACGGGGGGGGGACACGGCGCAAGUGAGAGCCCCCCCAAAAUUCACUUGGAACCUUCCCAAAAGUCACAAUGGACAGUUCCACCCGCGGCUGGCAAGGGGGGGCACGGCACAAGUGAGACCCCCAAAAUAUUCCUGGAAUCCCCCCAAAAUUCAAUUGGAACAUUCCCAGAAUCAAUAAUGGCCAGUUCCACCCGGGGCUGGCACAAGGGGGGGACACGGUGCAAGUGAGACCCCCAAAAUUCACCCGGAACCUCCGAAAAUUCACAAUGGACAGUUCCACCGGGGCUAGCAAGGGGGUGACACGGUGCAAGUGAGAGCCCCAAAAUAUUCCUGGAAUCCCCCCCAAAUUCACUUGGAACCCCCCCAAAAGUCACAAUGGACAGUUCCACCCGCGGCUGGCAAGGGGGGGGACACGGUUCAAGUGAGACCCCUCCCCCCAUAAUAUUCCUGGAACCCACCCCAAAUCUGCAAUGGACAGUUCCAUCCCAAACUGGAGCAGGGGCCCCCAAAAUUCACCUGAGACCUCCCCAGGACCCCCCCAAAAUCCCCCCUUGGACCCCCCCCUCUCCCCCCAAAACCCAGUGGGACCUCCCAGUCCCUCUUAGAAGCCCCCUGGGCUGGAACAGCCCAAAACAUUUUUUAGGGGGGGGAAUCAAUCCCGAAAUUCUGAGGGAAAAAAAGAUUUUGGGGGGGUGAAACUCGAAUAUUUUGGGGUCCAAGAAGAUUUUUGAGAGGGGGGGAGACCCCAAAAAUCCCCUCCCCCCCCACAACGACCUCUGAUAUAAAACUAUUUAUUCAUAAAUAUUUUCCAAAAUGAAAAUAA